CCUUUUCCUCCUCUGUCAUUUGCUGUCUCAUUUAAGAGAGAGACAAAAACCCAACAUUUGACAAAUACAAAUAUAUACUACCAACUGCUACUGUAACCAUGGCAUCCGCAAGCAGCUCUGCACAGGCCGCCUUCGGGCUGGGCCGGAGAAAGAAGAACCCCAGCCUCCUGGAUCAGAUUGGAAAGUUCUUUGGAGGGGACAAGAAGAGGAAGAGCAAGGGCUCUUUCCGAGGUGCUCUCUCUCCAGGCCCUCAGAAAGCCUCCGCAACCUCCCCACGCAAGCGCGGAGCAGAGAACGCCGUGGUCCAUUUCUUCCGCACGAUCGGCCCCCAGAAAGCCAAGAAGGCCAGCGCAGGGGACGGCAAAGGGACCCUGACUAGGAUCUUCAAAAUGUGAUGAUAUCAGCAGCAGAGGAAGCAGGAGUGCUUCUCCAGCCAAACGCUGAGGUCCCUCUCUACAACCCCUUCCAACAAGGGCAGACGUUCAAGAGCGACGGGGGAAAAAAAAAACAACAAAAAAAAAGAGGAAGAAGAGGAGGAAAUCUCGUCAACCCUUACACUCACCGUCCCCUCCGCCUCUGUUAACACUCUAAUGUCGGCUAAAUCCUUCAUCUCCCCAAUUACUGCCCCCCCUCCCAACCCUUCCCCCAACUCCUUUGGCUGGUAGAUAGCGACACAAUCUGUUGCCCCCACCCCUCCAACCCUCCAACCUAAACCCCUGCAUGCGUUGCGCUGAGUCUGUACAGUCAUCAUCACCGGUGUGAACUGUUUGCUGAAGUUGAUCCUGAAGCCGCUCACAUGUGCAGCCUGAAUGAUCCAUCCACGGCUCUCUCUCUCUUUAUACAUAUACCUGCGCUUGAGUUUCUGUACAUGUCUGUGAUGGUUUUCUCUAACAAAGGGUGGCUGGACCGAAGCCGACCUGGGGGCAAUUGAAGGUUCGGGCCGGUGCAAGUCCGACUGACUUGACCGUCUUUGCCGUCUUACCGAUGGAGCGAAAAGCCCAGGUCGUCUGUGUUUCAGAAAAGAGCGGUUUUCUGUCUAGUCACGAUGUCCACGUCACUUCCUCAAAACCUUUUCCGUGUACCCACGUGUUCGAACAUUGUUCUGUGACAGAUUUAACAUGUUUUUUGUUUUUUCUACAUUACUGUGAGAGCCACUGGGUUUUCAUUCAACCCUCGUGUCUGCGAUGUAGCUAAGUGUCCCCGUCUUAAGUGUCAUGUUGAUCCAUGUUUGUCAUUUUUUGGACCUAAGGCUGGCUGUGGAUUUUUGUGGUAAAAGUUACAUUUCUUAACCUUCUAAAUCAUUUUUUUCCCUGCAGUAGUCACUGAAGUAUAGAUAAUUUUCUUUUACAGUCCAUGAGAUAAUGAGUAAUCCACCUUAACUAAACCAUUUCGUCUAAAAACUCCUGAAUCUGAACUAUGACGUUGGUGCUGCAGCAUGAUGCCAGAUUCAGACCUUAUUUUCCUGAAAGCUUUAGCGUAGCCUACUGUAGCGCUCUUCUUUGUCUUCAUUCUUUCUAUCUCAUGCACAGCACACCUACUGUAAAUUACAUUCACAAAAAGCCCUCGCUCAGCAAGUGCCUUUUUCCCUCCUGACUACCAAAUACAAUGUGCUGUGUUUCCUUUAUUUUUUUUGUGGAUAAUAAAAAAAAACAACAAUUUCAAAAAGGUGCUCUGUGACUAACUCUGUAAUGACACACUAUAAAGUGUUUUUUUUUUGUUUUGUUUUUUUUUGAGAAUGUGCAAGUUUUCUGUAAAAAGGAAAUAGAGUCAUUUGUAGAAAAGGUCAGCGCCGCCACCGGGGCUGUUCCAUUCAUCUUUCAAAAAAGCAGGCGUGUGUGAUGUGCAGCGUUCAUCCCUCCCACUGUUUGCUUGAGCCUUGUGAGUGCCUUGUAGUGUUUUAUUUCUGAAUGGAUCCUGGGAAUGAAUGUAAACAUCCUCCUCAUCAUUGUAUGUAUAAUAAAAACAUGACCAGCCACUUAACUGAGAAUAAAAAAUAAAAAAGUAUAAAACCAAG